UCAUCUACCGCCGGAAACUUCACUCCUAAUUCCGUUGAAGAGAAAAACGUUAAUACAUUAAUGGGGCUUCUACCGAGAAAUCUUUCUCCUUGGGGCUUUUCGAGUGCCCUUACUCGUACAUACCCGUCUAUGUUCUUUGGAAUCGCUCAGUGCAGGGGGGACGUAAACUCCCUAGAGUGUAACAAAUGUGUUGUUAAUGCUAGUAUUGAAAUUCGUAAGAGUUGCCCUUAUAACAAAGGCGCGGUUAUAUGGUAUGACAAUUGUAUGUUGAAGUAUUUGGACCGAUGUUUCUUUGGCCAAAUCAAUAACAAAAAUAAAUUUUAUUUGUUGAAUGUUGCUAAUUUAAGUAAUGAUCCUGUUUUGUUUAACACAAAAGUUAAGGGAUUAUUGAGUAAGCUAGCGAUCCAGGGAGCUAGCACUAGGAAACUUUACGCGAUUGGAGAAACAAAGCUUGAUACGUUUACAAAUUUGUAUGGGUUAGCUCAGUGCAACCAGGAUCUGUCGAACAAAGUUUGCAAGACGUGCUUGGAUCAAGCCAUAAGUGAGCUACCAAAUUGUUGCGAUGGAAAACGCGGUUGGAGGGUUGUUAGUGGGAGUUGUAACGUGAGAUAUGAGAUAUGUCCCUUUAUUAAUUCUUAG